GCGCUUAUCACAAAUUCAUCCCAGAAACAAUCCUGCCCCGCAAAAUCAUCGUUCCCACCCCUGAGAGCAUCAUUUCAAUUACCUAGGUAUAUUAAUUAAUUUUUAAAUAUGCAUCAAUCUUCAUCAAUUCUCAUUCUUAUAAAAAGUAUCAGCUUUCCGUUGUCUGGGUUUCUUCUCCUCUCCUUUUCCAUUACUCUUCAUCACAUUUUGAUUCGAGAUUCAUUAUAGAAGCUUUGGUCUUCAAUACUCCCAUUCUUGUCCAUAUAUAUACAUUCUUUUGAAAAGAUAUCUAUCAUUCACAUACAGCCUUGACCGUCUCAAUUAACUGUACUCUUUCAAUCGAUCGAUUUCGUUCCCUAAAAACAAAACUCGAUCAACAUGGGUUUCUCAAUCAAGAACUUGGCUACUGCCUCUACCUUCCUCUCCAUUGCUCAAGGAGCCGUGAUGGGAAAACGUGCUCUCUCGGGUCAAGCUACUACUUAUGGUGGUAAUACUCACGGAGGAGCAUGUUCAUUCUCCACCUAUACCCUUCCAUCCAAUAUGUUUGGUACUGCCCUCUCCGAUUCCAACUGGGCUACUGCUUCGCAGUGUGGUCGUUGUGUUUCGGUUACCGGUCCUUCAGGUAACUCUAUCACUGCUAUGAUCACAGACGAGUGUCCCGGCUGCGGAACCAACCACUUGGAUCUCUACACCACCGCUUUCACCUCCCUCGCUCCCCUUUCCAAAGGAAUCAUCGACGUAACCUGGAACUACGUCGACUGUCCCAUCACCAGCCCCCUCCAACUCCACCUCAAAGAAGGUGUCUCGGCCUACUGGUUCAGCAUGCAAGUCGUCAACGCCGCCGAGGGAGUUUCCAAGCUCGACGUUUCCACCGACGGCGGAAAAACCUGGCAACCAACCAACCGCACCACCUACAACUACUUCGAACACUCCGCUGGCUACGGCUCCAAAGUCAACGUCCGUGUCACCGGUUUGAGCGGAAAGACCGUCACCGUUAACAACGUCGCCGUCACUCCCGGAAACCUCGUUAGCGCAAGCGGAAACUUGGGUUCGGGCUUGGCCUCAAAGUCUGUUGCUUCCGAUGCCGUUGUCGCCAAGGAGGCGGUUGUAGAUGCUUCAACUACGAGCGCUACCCCUGCCGCGGUCGUUACACCUGCUUCUUCAUCUGUGGCCGAGGUUUCUACUUCUGCUGCUGUCGUUGAACCAGUUUCUUCCUCCUCCUCCUCUUCCAUCGCGGAAGUAUCCACCAGCGCAGCUGUCACUAUCCCAUCUGCAAGCGCAACCCAAAGUGUUGUGUGGGUUGACUCUGAUGAGUGCGAAACUAAGUAGAGUGGCUGGGUAUUGCUAUGUGAGGGCGUUAUUCAUGCUUUGGAGCGAGAGCGAAGAUUUCAUGAGCUGAUGAAUAUGCAUGUAUGGAUUCAUGGAUUAGGACAUGGAUUGGAUAUAACUCUGUUUAUCUGUAUCUGUGUUUGUGUCUGUCUCUAUGUUUGCGUUGUGUCUAUGGAGGAAAUGGAAAAUGGGAAAUGUAUUUUCAUUCGUUGUAUAUAUUCAUUUAUAAAUAAAUAAAAAUGUUCGUGAAGAAUUAAUUGAGUUUAGAGGAAUACUUACUCGGA